AUGGCGACGGCUCACUUGCACUCCCAUGAUGGAGUUGCCACUAACCAUUCCCACGAUGGCUUCUCCGUUGCCGAGCACGGGCACUCGCACGAGAUCCUCGAUGGGCCUGGGAGCUUCCUCGGGCGAGAGAUGCCCAUUAUCGAGGGCCGUAAUUGGAACGAGCGAGCCUUUACCGUUGGAAUCGGAGGCCCCGUCGGCUCCGGCAAAACCGCCCUAAUGCUAGCCCUCUGCCUCGCCCUGCGCCAGCAAUACUCCAUCGCAGCCGUAACCAACGACAUAUUCACACGAGAAGACGCCGAAUUCCUAACGCGACACCUCGCGCUGCCCGCCCCGCGCAUCCGCGCCAUCGAAACCGGCGGGUGCCCGCACGCCGCCGUCCGCGAGGACGUAUCCGCGAACCUAGCCGCGCUCGAGGACCUGCACCGCGCCUUCGCCACCGACCUCCUGCUCAUCGAGUCCGGCGGCGACAACCUAGCCGCCAACUACAGCCGCGAGCUCGCCGACUUCAUCAUCUACGUCAUCGACGUCAGCGGCGGCGACAAGAUCCCUAGGAAGGGCGGCCCCGGCAUCACCCAGAGCGACUUGCUCGUCGUGAACAAGACCGACUUGGCCGAGGCCGUCGGCGCCGAUUUGGGCGUCAUGGAGCGCGACGCUAGGAAGAUGAGGGAGGGGGGACCGACGGUGUUUGCGCAGGUGAAGAAGGGGGUUGGCGUGGAUCAUAUUGUGAAUUUGAUUGUUAGCGCGUGGAAGGCUAGUGGUGCUGAGGAGGUGUGUAAGGCGAAUGGGGGACCGAGGCCGACGGCUGGGUUGGAGACGUUAGUUUAA